AUGUUUUUAUUAGGUGCAGAAACUAGAAAGCUAUGUGGUACUCCCGAUACAUUCGACACCAUUCAAAGAUCAAAGCGUUCACCCAUAAUAGACUUAGGCCGACUUUCUGGAAAGUCGAUUCGCUAUCGAAUUGCUCAAUAUCCACUUAUAAAUUGUGAAAAGAUAAUAAAUAAACAAUUAUCAAGAGAAUAUAUUAACAAUGCUCUUCGAAAUGCUAUUAAGUUAUGGGGUAAAGCAAUCGAUGUGAAUUUUAUCUAUUGGCCAUAUUCGCAGUCUGAUAUUGAAGUUUCAUUUGCAAGUUUUGAUCAUGGCGAUCAAUAUCCAUUUGAUGGUAUUGGUGGUGAAGUUGCACAUGCUUUUUAUCCUAUUCAUGAAAAGCGUCGUGGACAAAUUCAUAUCGAUGAGCACGAACCAUGGGGACCUAAUGGAAGGAAUUUAAAUUGGGUAUUGGCGCAUGAAGUUGGUCAUACUCUUGGCCUACCGCAUACAUUAAGAGAUUCAAUUAUGAUGCCACAGUAUCAAGGUUAUGAAAAUAAUGAGCCAAGUCUUUCGCCAUAUGACAUCGAAUCGAUACAAGCUCUUUACGGUAAAAAAGAAAACUGGGAUGAACUCGCAUUCAAGGAAGAUCAACAAACGGAAGCAACUAUACCAUCCCUUUGCGACGAUCAACCAAUUGAUGCGCUAUUCGCACUUCCAAAUGGAACCUUAUUCGUAUUCAAAGGCAUACUAUCGAAUAGUUCGAAAAUCCCUCAUAUCGGGCCAUUGUUCAUUAAAGAAUAUUGGGGUGCUAUGGAGACUCCCAUAGACACCGCUUUUACAGACCAAUUCGACUGGACCUGGUUUGUGAAGGAUGAUCGCGCAUGGCGAAUAGACGCAUCAACAGAUACAUUUCGAUAUUCGUCAUUUCAGAAUAUUCAUGAAACUGAACCAUUUGCUACCUAUCCAUACAAUUCUGUAGAUGCUGUCUUAAUCACUACUGGUAGUGAUGAUUAUCAGCCAUUCUUUUUUUUCUUGGGUAAUCUUUUGGGCACGCAAUUUAAAGGACCAAAGUAUUGGUCAGAUGGAAAUGCAGACGGAGAACCCGAUCAAGGCUAUACUCGACAAAUUAAAGAAAUCGAUGUUGAAUUAUCGAAAGUAGACGGCGCUAUUUCUUUACCAACUGGAAAUUUUAUAUUCUCGGAUGACAAAUAUUGGAAAGUACAAUCAGCUCGAAGUUCAUUACAGGUUUUACUUCCCGCAGUUAUAUUACCAUAUAUUUCCAUUUCAUGGAACUUAUGGAUUUCCCAAACGCUCUUUUAUGAAUUUCCUUAUAAGCGCAUUGAAAGAGCAUAA